AGUAGCACUGCUGAUAUCCGAUAUCCGGCCGUGUUGCAUUGUCUAGUAUUUUGAAUUUUUAGUUUUUAAUGUUAUUGUUCAUUUAGACAGUGUUCUGCACAUAAGCCGAGGCAUGUAUUUUAAUGAUUUCUGAUGUGUUUUCAUGUUAUUAAUCGAUUUUUACGACACAAUAGAGCUUUCUCAUCUGCUUUUUGAGAGUGAGGUACAUCAUGGCUGAUGUUUGACAGUUUAGUGAUGUCAUUCUUUACAAUUUAAAAACUACUGGAUUUCUGAAAAACCUACUGAAUAGUGCAAAAUAAACAUGCUUAAUGUUCAGGGAUUAAGAAGAAAUGUAAAGAAUGUUGUCAGGAACUAUACGGAUGCCCAAGUAAAAGUUCGUGAAGCAACUUCUAAUGAUCCAUGGGGACCUUCUAGUACUCUAAUGAGCGAAAUUGCAGAUUUAACCUACAAUGUUGUAGCUUUUUCAGAAAUAAUGCAAAUGAUUUGGAAACGUCUUAAUGAUCAUGGAAAGAAUUGGAGGCAUGUUUAUAAAGCAUUGGUCUUGCUAGAAUAUCUUAUCAAAACUGGAUCAGAAAAGGUUGCUCAGCAGUGCAAGGAAAAUAUUUUUGCAAUACAAACAUUAAAAGACUUUCAAUAUGUUGAAGAAAAUAAGGACCAGGGAAUGAAUGUUCGAGAAAAAUCAAGGCAAUUAGUAUCACUUUUGAGGGAUGAUGAGAGAUUAAAAAGUGAAAGAUCAAGAGCAUUAAAAGCAAAAGAAAGAUUUGCCCAGGCUACUUCACAUGCUGGAAAUGAAGCUAGUGGAAGUGGCUCUCCUGGAGGCAAGGAUUCCGUUGAAUCUUCCCCUGAUGGUUCAGCUGCUAGAGGUGCUGUUUGCACUGAGCUAGAAAAUGCUCGUCCUCAAACUGCUGGUGAAGAAGAGUUGCAAUUGCAGUUGGCAUUGGCUAUGAGUAAGGAAGAAGCUGAGCAAGAGGAACGACUACGGCGAAAUGAUGAUCUCAGGCUUCAAAUGGCUCUUACAGAGAGUCAGGAAAACUAUCACAGAUCAAAUUCAGAAGAAAAUCCUUCUCCAGAUCUUUUGGGCAUUUGUACAUCUCCUACCAGCCAUUCUGCUCCAAAACUAAAUACUGAUCCAUGGGGAAUGCCUGUUCCUAAGGAAUCAGAUCCUUGGCAGACUAAGGGGGCUGCUGCAAUGGGAAAGGGUGACCCGUGGGGUGGUGCUUCAUCUCCUCCAUCAGUUCCAGCCACUAAACCUUGGGCUCCUCGGAUGUCUACAUCAGCCAGUGUUUCGUUUGAAGCUCUAGGUCGCUCCAAUGGCGAAUUAGAUGAUUAUGAUUUCAUGAACAAAAGAUCAGCAAUGAGCUCUCCAGAUACAAGUAUUCAACGAGGGACCCCAAAUCCAUUUGAUAUGGCUGAGUUAAAGGAAUCAUUUGCUGCUUGUGCAUCUCAAGUGAAAGAAAAUGGUCACUCUUUUGCUAAUGUGAGAAAAACACCUGAAACUUUCUUGGGUCCAAAUUCAAACUUGGUAAAUUUAGAUGCUUUAGUUAGCACCCAAGGAUCUGAUCGAGAGAUUGGGUCUGGAAAUCCAUUUGGAAAUCCACCACCUGUAAACAAUCCGUUUCAAGCAAUUAGACCGCCACCUCCAACUAUAAACCAACUUAGAGCUCAAAUGCAGUUUGUCCCACCAAUGCAACCUGGUAUUGUGGUUCCGCCUACAGUCAUGCCUACUCCUGUAGUAUCUAUUCCUAAUGUCACUGCAUUUUCCUCUAGCCCUCAAGCUAACAAUCCAUUUCUGUAAAAGAGUGAUGUUUUAAUUUAUAAAUGCUUCCAUUAAACAAUUGUGUGCCUCAA